AUGAAGAGCGCCGAGAAUUAUCCAAAUUUCGAUUCUGAUAUUAGCAAAGCGAAAUAUCAAGAAGCCGAAUCAUUCAGACGACUUGCCUUCUUCGGUGUUUUUCUCUCAACGAUUGCCGCUCUAACAAGCAUAAUUGCCGUUCCAGCACUUUACGGUUACAUGCAAAGGGUACAAUCUAAACUACAGGUUCGUUGCUGUUCAUUUUCAUGUCUGGAAGCUGAUUAUUGUAAAUCGACAACCGGCACCAUGUGGCAACAAUUCGCAAGAGCGCAAGCUCACAAAGGUGUUGUUGAAAGACUGAAACCUCAAACAGGCAUGGAAGCUUUCCUAAUCGGUACGACCACAUCUCAAAAAGCCAGUCAAGAUCGCGUCAAACGAAGUAGUAGUGGCUAUGAAUCGUUCGCAGCAAGAACGCGAUAUGUACGACAAGUGCGUGAUCCGUCAUGUGCGUGUAAGAUUGGACCGGCUGGUCCGCCUGGUCCUCCGGGUAUUGAUGGUCGAGAUGGAAAGGACGGUGAACCGGGAAUCAACGGUAAAGACGGACGAGAUGCCGAACCAACUGAGCUUCCAAAGCCAGAAGACUUCUGCUUUGAAUGCCCUGAAGCACCUGCUGGACCACCAGGAAGGCAUGGACCUAAAGGACCGAGAGGACGUCCUGGUGAGCGGGGCGAGCCAGGUCUGAAUGGCAAUCCCGGUGCUACUGGAGCUCCAGGACCACAAGGACCACCUGGGCCGCCUGGAGCACCCGGACAAAGAGGACCGCAAGGCGAGCCUGGAAUCGUUGAAGGUAUAGUUGGUCCUCCAGGACCACCAGGUCCACCAGGUGUGCGUGGGCCAGAUGGAGAGAGAGGCGAAGAUGGCAAACCCGGCCCAGUUGGUCCCGAAGGUCCCGAAGGAGAUCCUGGACGCGAUGGACCGCCCGGAAACGAUGGACCACCCGGAGAUCAAGGCGAAGCUGGCGUUAAAGGUCGCGGAGGAUCAUGUGAUCACUGCCCGAUCCCUCGAACGGCGCCUGGGUAUUGA